AUGACUUCCACCAAGCGCGCCGACUUCGAGGCCAUUUUCCCAUCCUUGGCCCAGGAUAUCCUGGCUCAUGCCAAGCGGUACAACCUCCCCCAGAAUGCCCUCGAGUGGCUUGAGAAGGCUCUCAAUGUCAAUGUGCCCGGUGGCAAGCUUAACCGUGGCCUUUCGGUCCCCGACACUGGUCUCGCCCUCCUCCAGCAGCCCCUGAGCGCCGAGCAAUUCGAACACCUCAGCAUCCUGGGAUGGAUGACCGAGUUGCUUCAGGCUUUCUUCCUGGUCAGUGAUGAUAUCAUGGAUAGCUCUAUCACCCGCCGUGGUCAGCCCUGCUGGUACCGCCAGGACGGUGUCGGCCUGAUCGCCAUCAACGAUGCCUUCCUGCUGGAGUCAGGCAUCUACCUCAUUCUCAAGCAGCGUUUCCGUUCGCACCCUGCUUACAUUGAUCUCGUCGAGCUCUUCCACGAGACCACCUGGCAGACUGAGCUUGGUCAGCUUUGUGACCUGAUCACCGCCCCCGAGGACAACGUGAACCUCGACAACUUCUCCAUGGAGAAGUACAUGUUCAUUGUUACCUACAAGACUGCCUACUACAGCUUCUACCUCCCCGUUGCACUUGCCUUGCUCUACCUCGAGGUUGCUACCGAGGAAACCCUCAAGCAGGCCCACGAUAUCCUGAUCCCUCUCGGCCAAUACUUCCAGAUCCAAGACGACUACCUUGACAACUUCGGUGACCCAGCUGUUAUUGGAAAGAUCGGUACCGACAUUCAAGAUAACAAGUGCUCUUGGCUCAUCAACCAAGCCAUUCAGCGCUGCACGCCUGAGCAGCGUGCCCUCCUCGAUGCCUCUUACGGCCGCAAGGAUGCUGCCGAGGAGGCCAAGGUCAAGGCCCUCUUCGUUGAGCUUGAUCUCGAGAACGUCUACAAGAAGUACGAAGAGAAGGUGGUUGGUGAACUUCGCGAGAAGAUUGCUGCUGUGGAUGAGUCCAAGGGUCUGAAGAAGGAAGUCUUCGAGUCGUUCCUUGGUAAGAUCUACAAGCGCACCAAAUAG